UUCGUGGGCCGGAAACGAUACUUGGAGUCGGCUUCGCCUUGCCCGAGUUUGCCUCCCUUUCUCUCGCGUCGGAGUGGCUUGGUAGUUUAGCAGCUGAAGGAAGAGUAGAACUGAUUUGUUUGCCCCGUCCACCGUCCGGAUGCCUUUCUUUUUGAGACGGUCUGGUAAGAAUGCGGUGGGACGCAAAGUUUUCAGCCAUCGGAAGAAAGAGUGCCUUUGUUUCCGCGAAGUCCACAAGUUUUAGUGUUCCGGGACGUAUACAGUGUAUAUUAAAUUGCUGAGUCUGGGCAACUUUUGUUUCGGAAGAAAGUUUAAGUCUGGCUGCCCUGGAGAGAUUGAUUCGCUCCUCCGAGAUGGCUGCCACAUUUGUUUAUGUUGGUGCCGAUUGUUUUGGCUUUCGCGUUAAUCCUACGUGGAGAUCGUUGUGUUAAGGACACUUGUGUUUCUUCGGACUUUAGAACCCAUCUGUCUGCCAUUCUUGGUUGAUUUUUCCGGACGGCUAAGGCACUAGUUGUCAAUGUUGGCUCAAUUAAGAAACAUCAGGGAGAUAAAUUCAACCCAGUGCUGUUAAAAAUGACUACGAAGCGAAGUUUGUUUGUGCGGUUGGUGCCAUGUCGCUGUCUACGAGGAGAAGAGGAGACGGUCACUACGCUGGAUUAUUCUCAUUGCAGCUUGGAACAAGUUCCCAAAGAGAUUUUCACCUUUGAAAAAACCUUAGAGGAGCUCUAUUUAGAUGCUAAUCAGAUCGAAGAGCUCCCCAAGCAACUUUUUAACUGUCAGUCUCUACAUAAACUAAGUUUGCCAGACAAUGAUUUAACAACAUUACCAGCAUCCAUUGCAAAUCUUAUUAAUCUCAGGGAACUGGAUGUCAGCAAAAAUGGAAUCCAAGAAUUUCCAGAAAAUAUUAAAAAUUGUAAAGUUUUGACAAUUGUGGAGGCCAGUGUAAACCCUAUUUCUAAGCUCCCUGAUGGGUUUUCUCAGCUGCUAAACCUGACCCAGUUAUAUCUGAAUGAUGCUUUCCUUGAAUUCUUACCAGCUAAUUUUGGCAGAUUAACUAAACUCCAGAUACUAGAACUUAGAGAAAACCAGUUGAAAAUGUUGCCUAAAACCAUGAAUAGACUGACCCAGCUGGAAAGACUGGAUUUGGGGAGUAAUGAAUUCACAGAAGUGCCUGAAGUACUUGAACAACUAAGUGGAUUGAAAGAGUUUUGGAUGGAUGGUAAUAGACUGACUUUUAUUCCAGGGUUUAUUGGUAGUUUGAGACAGCUAACAUAUUUGGAUGUUUCUAAAAAUAAUAUUGAAAUGGUUGAAGAAGGGAUUUCAACAUGUGAGAACCUCCAAGACUUCCUCUUAUCCAGUAACUCCCUUCAGCAGCUGCCAGAGACUAUUGGUUCAUUGAAAAAUGUCACAACUCUUAAAAUAGAUGAAAACCAGUUAAUGUAUCUACCAGACUCAAUAGGAGGGUUAAGGUCAAUAGAAGAACUGGAUUGCAGUUUCAAUGAAAUUGAAGCUUUACCUUCAUCGAUUGGACAGCUUAUAAACAUAAGAACAUUUGCUGCAGAUCACAAUUACUUACAACAGUUACCCCCAGAGAUUGGAAACUGGAAAAAUAUAACUGUGCUGUUUCUCCAUUCUAAUAAACUAGAGACACUUCCAGAAGAAAUGGGUGAUAUGCAAAAACUAAAAGUCAUUAAUUUAAGUGAUAAUAGGUUAAAGAAUUUGCCUUUUAGCUUUACAAAGCUACAACAGUUGACUGCUAUGUGGCUCUCAGAUAAUCAGUCCAAACCUCUGAUACCUCUUCAAAAAGAAACUGAUUCAGAGGCUCAGAAAACGGUGCUUACUAACUACAUGUUCCCUCAGCAACCAAGGACUGAAGAUGUUAUGUUCAUAUCAGAUAAUGAAAGUUUUAAUCCUGCAUUGUGGGAAGAACAGAGGAAGCAGAGGGCCCAAGUGGCAUUUGAAUGUGAUGAGGACAAAGAUGAAAGAGAAGCGCCCCCCAGGGAGGGAAACUUAAAGAGAUAUCCAACACCAUACCCAGAUGAGCUUAAGAACAUGGUCAAGACUGUUCAAACCAUUGUACAUAGAUUAAAAGAUGAAGAGACUAAUGACGAAUCUGGGAGAGAUAUGAAGCAUGAAGAUCAGCAAGUUGUAAAUAAGGAUAUGGGUGUGAAGGCUUCAGAAAGUACUACAGUGAAAAGCAAACUUGAUGAAAGAGAAGAGUGUAUGAAUUCUGUACAGAAGAUGAGUGAGCCUGAGGCUGAGGCCAGCCCUGGAAACGUACCAGUGACUGCAAACAGGAAAGUCUCUGGGAACCUGAAGCAUAUUGUCAACCAUGAUGAUGUGUUUGAGGAAUCUGAAGAACUUUCUUCUGAUGAAGAAAUGAAAAUGGCAGAGAUGCGACCCCCGUUAAUUGAAACCUCGAUUAACCAACCCAAAGUUGUAGCACUUAGUAAUAACAAAAAAGAUGAUGCAAAGGAUACAGAUUCUUUAUCAGAUGAAGUCACACACAAUAGCAAUCAGAAUAACAGCAACUGUUCUUCUCCGUCUCGGAUGUCUGACUCAGUUUCUCUGAAUACUGACAGUAGUCAAGACACCUCACUCUGUUCUCCAGUGAAGCAAACACCUAUCGAUAGUAACUCCAAAAUCAGGCAAGAAGAUGAAAAUUUUAACAGCCUUUUACAAAAUGGAGAUGUUUUAAACAGUUCACCAGAAGAAAAAUUCAAAGUUAAUGAUAAAAAGGAUUUUAAGUUGCCUGAAUAUGAAUUGAAUAUUGAAGAGCGAUUAGUUCUGAUUGAAAAAGAUGACUCAAAAGUCACAUCUGAUGAAUCUCACCAGUUAGACCAUAUCAACAUGAAUCUUAAUAAACUUGUGACAAAUAAUACGUUCCAGCCAGAAAUAAAGGAAAGAUCAAAGACACAGGAUACAGGCUUUUUAAGUAGUCAUUCUCAAAGUGAAGCUCGGCACACAGAAAAUGGAAAUAAGUAUCCGAAUUUGGAAUUCAUAAAUAAGAUAAAUGGUCUUUCUGAGGAAGUUGCACAGUCUGCCAGUGGGAUUGAACCACAGAACUCCAGUUCUGCUGACGUGAGUAUUUCUAAAAGCACUGAAGAUCUCUCCCCUCAGAGAAGUGGUCCAGUCGGAUCUGUCGUGAAAUCUCAUAGUAUAACGAACAUGGAGACUGGAGGCCUAAAGAUCUAUGACAUUCUUAGUGAUGACGAUCCUCAGGCACCAAGUGCAGCAGUUAAAGUCACCUCCGCCGCGGAUGGGAAAAACAUAGUGAGGAGCAAGUCUGCCACACUGCUGUAUGACCAGCCCCUGCAGGUGUUCGCCGCUUCUUCCUCAUCUUCUGACCUAAUGGCGGGUACAAAGACGCUGUUCAGGUUUGAUUCAAAUCACAACCCUGAAGAGCCAGAUAUAAUAAGAACCCCCACAGUAACUGGCCCCCAGUCUACACCUCAGCUCUGUGGCCCUCCGCAGUAUAAUGUCCAGUACAGUGGCACUGCUGCAGUCAAAGACAGUCUGUGGCACCCUAAACAGAAUUCACAACUAGAUCCUGUCAGUUUUCCUCCUCAGCGCCUUCCUAGAUCAGAGAGCGCAGAAAAUCACAGUUAUGCAAAGCAUUCUGCCAAUAUGAAUUUCUCUAACCAUAACAAUGUUAGAGCCAAUACUGCAUACCAUUUACAUCAGAGACUUGCUCCAGCCAGACAUGGAGAAAUGUGGGCUAUCUCCCCAAAUGACCGGCUAGUUCCAACAGGAACUCGGACGGCAGUUCAGCGACAGAGUAGUGUGUCUUCAACAGCUUCUAUAAAUCUUGGUGAUCCUGGUCUCACGAGGCGUACUCAAAUUUCUGAAGGAGAUUAUUUAUCAUACAGAGAGUUACAUUCAGUGGGAAGAACACCAAUGAUGUCAGGAUCACAGAGACCUCUUUCUGCACGAGCAUACAGCAUUGAUGGCCCAAAUACUUCGAGGCCUCAGAGUGCCCGCCCCUCUGUUAACGAAAUACCAGAGAGAACUAUGUCAGUUAGUGACUUCAAUUACUCAAGGACUAGUCCUUCUAAAAGACCAAAUGCAAGGGUUGGUUCUGAACAUUCUUUAUUAGAUCCUCCAGGAAAAAGUAAAGUUCCUCAUGACUGGCGAGAACAAGUACUUCGACAUAUUGAGGCCAAAAAGUUAGAAAAGAGUAUGCUGUCAAGGUCCUUUAACUCCACUCUUGCUGCUGUAAGCAGUUCUCACUAUGGCAGCUCUAGGGAGCUGCAUGGCAGCCAGGGCAGCCUUGCCCUGAGUGUUGCAGACGGAAGAGGUUCUGGUGGGCACAUUUUUCGACAUCCUCAGACAUCCAGUCCAGGAGAUUCUUGCCAAGAUGAUAGAUUGAUUUCAGGAGAACAGAACUACUCAUCAGGUGCACUUAGUCACAGAGACCUUCCAGACAGCUUGAUGAAAAUGCCUUUGAGUAAUGGACAGAUGGGCCAGCCUCUCAGGCCUCAGGCAAAUUAUAGUCAAAUACAUCAUCCCCCUCAGGCAUCUGUGGCAAGGCAUCCCUCUAGAGAACAACUCAUUGAUUAUUUGAUGCUGAAAGUGGCCCACCAGCCUCCAUAUACACAUCCCCAUUGUUCUCCUAGACAAGGCCAUGAGCUGGCAAAGCAAGAGAUUCGAGUAAGAGUAGAAAAGGAUCCAGAACUUGGAUUUAGCAUAUCAGGAGGUGUCGGGGGUAGAGGAAACCCUUUCAGACCUGAUGAUGAUGGUAUAUUUGUAACAAGGGUACAACCUGAAGGACCAGCAUCAAAAUUACUACAACCAGGUGAUAAAAUUAUUCAGGCUAAUGGCUACAGUUUUAUCAACAUUGAACAUGGACAAGCCGUGUCCUUGUUAAAAACUUUCCAGAACACAGUAGAACUCAUCAUUGUACGAGAAGUUUCUUCAUAAGCACUAUAGACAAAAAAAAAGGGGGGGUGGGAAAUAGCAAGAUUUAUUGGAAGACACUUGGAGGGGAAAUGACUAUUUUGCCUAUUUUUAUAUAUAAAGAACUCAGACGGUUGGCUUGGAACUUGUACAUUACUGAAAUAAUGGAGCUUGUGGUUAGAGGGAAGAACCACUGUACAGAAGAUAAAAGAGACUGUUGAAUUCAUAUCAUCUGAAAUUUGUUGUUAGGUUUUUAAACUUAGCAAAUCAAGGCUACAAAAACAAAGUUCUGUUGUUUUUGUAUAGAUUGUAGGUUUAUUUUUGGAUUUCAUACACAUGACUGACUGUAUGCAAGGCAAUAGUUAGCCUUGAUUGUAGCCCAGAGACAGAUGGCAGAGCUGUCUAUCUCAUAGCUUUUGUGCCCUUAUUUUUAUCCAACUGGUAUUAAUGUUUUUUCUGCCGAACUACUUUUCCAUGUGGGUAAGAGAUUUGAAGUGUUGGCUUUUGCUAUGUGCACAUUGAAGAGUGGCUAGAUGAAGUUGGUGCUGGUGGGUUCACUUUCCGAGGCCAGAUUAAAACAUUAUUUCCUAUAAAAAUCUGAGGCUAACAGUGAAAAGAAAAGUUAUCUGAUAAUGUAUUUUUAUUAAUAGAAUAAUGCAAUAAAAUACAUAAUGUCUUUUUAAAAGACAAUAAUUGCAUUUUAUGAGCUCUACAGGAUCAAUUCUUGUCAUAGCUGUUGACUAUACAUUUGCUACUGGUGAUUCAAUUUUUAAUUUUUCUAGUUACUGAAGUUUUUAACUCUAAUGUAGAUGCAUGUCAAUGCAUUUCCCAUACUACGAAGUUCCCUGAUACUUUUUUCUUUAGCAAAUGGUGGUACUUGCAAUCUAAUUUUUAUAAUUAGUAUUCCAUCAUAACCUAAUUUAUAAUUUUUGUUUUGAGAAGCAAAUGAAGCUAAAAGGCCAGUUUGAAGAUGAUGUCUGUUGCCUGUAAUCAGAGUGUCAGAAGGGUUAGGGAAGCCUCUUGCUUUUGUUCGGCCUGGCGCUGCCUUGGUGAAGUGAAAGGAAGCGUGGAGUGCGCAUGGAGCUAGGAAACCAAAGGAGUCUGUGACUGGCACAGGGAUGGAGAACUGCUGUGGGCACUGGAGAGAAAAGGGGCGAUGGCCCGCGAGGCCUGCCAGUGUGUCAAGUGUUCAAAUAAAGGGCUGUUCCUACAGAUAACAGGAAAUGUGAACUCCACACUUCAGAUCAGUGUAAUAGUGUUCCACCACCAAUUGCCUUUGUUCCUAGUUACUGUAACAAGUAUUUGAUGAUAGAGGUUAUUAAUUUUGUUUAUCCAAACCAUUAAUUUUAUUUGCUUUGUUUUAUGUAAUCAAAUGAAAUUUGAAUGACAUGCAGGGGUAAAAAGUAAUUCAUGGUUAUUUGGACCAGAGGAAAGUGCCAUAGGAGACCAGCAACUGUUUUUAGUUGAGGCUAGUCUGAAAACUUUUAUUAGAGCAAUAUUCAGUUCUCAGAUUCAUUUUUUAAUUUCUGAGAUGCAUAAUUUGGGUAUUUUUAAUGUGACAUGCUCUUUUUCUUCAACUUUGACUUAGUUGAGAUUCUUACAGGACUAGCUGAAACACCACCUGCAUUAUUUUUACAAAAUAAGUUGGAAACAUUUCCAUUUCUAGUCAGAAUAGUCAGCACUUUUAAAAAUAUUUGAACUCAAAUAUUGCACUUCUUUCAAGCUGUUGUCAAUUGGGUAUUGUACUGUAUAGUUUUAAUAAUUUUGAUUGAAACCCUUUAACAACUCUUUGUAAAUUUUAACUCAUUUUAGUUGAUUUUUUCAGUACUAUUUACAUAGGAAUUGAUUUUUAUGAAUAUAGUAGAAAAAAUGUGCUGUAUUUUGAUAAACUUCACUUGUAUGUGUUGUAAUCUCUAAAACAAAGAAUGACAAAGAGCUUCUUUAA